GCGGUGACAGAGAUGGCGGUGAUGACGGGAUGGCGAUGAGGUUUUGUGUUGUGUACUUGAGAGACAUGUCGGAUUUCAUGUGAUGAGGAUAGGGGGAUGAAAAAGUCUAUAAGGAGCUGUCGUCUGUCGUCUCGGUAGGCAGGUCGUUUCUUGAUAGAUCAUCCAGAUAUCGCACACCUCGUCUUCACACUCUCCUCAACCAUUCCAUCAACUCAAGAAACCUUUUAACUUUCGGACAACCCCAAAUACCCGUCAUCAUGCCUGACCAGAUGACCAAAGACGAUGCCUCCCGCAUCCAGUCCAGCCAGGACAAGGGCGGCAAAGACAUGUCCUCGGGCGGCUUCGCUGCCAGGGCCCAGGGCGCGGGCGACAGAAACGCCAAUGCCGGGGUCGGUGGGCAGGGACAGGGCGGUGCUGGUGCUGUUGCUGGUGCUGGUCAGGGGGGACAGCAGGCUGGGAAGAAGUAG